AUGCAUGGAUUGAAGAAAAAGAAGUGGUUCAGUCACUGGCACACCAAACAAGGAAGGAGCAGCAGUAUAUUGAAUGGACAAUAUCCUUUGCAGGAGAUUGAGCCAACCUAUAUGCAUCUUCCCAAGCUUACCAAAGAAAAUGCUAGUGGAGAGGAGCUGAAUUUGAGCAGAGCACUUGGACAAGUGUACAAAGACAUGGUCCUAGUCGACUCCUUGGAAGGAAAUGGAGGUGUGAGCAUGCAGAAUGUUGAUGACCCUUCUACCGAGUCUGAAGACAGCAAUGGAGACAACAAUGAAUCAGAGGAGGACAACAAAUCAGACCAGGGUGACUCAGAAGAUGGUAAACCCAAAGAACCGCAGGAUAGACCUGCCAAAAAGGACAAAAAGAAGAAAAGGAAGUGCAAGGAUAAGGGCAAAGGCAGAGCAGUCAAGACACCUGCUGCUCCUGCUGCAUCUUCCUCAUACCUUCACCAUGAUCACAAUCUCGAAUGUGGACUUCCUGAACCUGACACCAUCUCCAAAGAUGAGCCUGCUGGCAACCAACCCAGUGAAGCAGCAAAUGCAAAUAACCCCCAGUGCAUUGACAGAGAGGAACUGGCUUGGGACUUGCUGAGGGCAUUGGCUUGUUUCACCCUCUGGGGUUGUGAUGGAGACAUGAGCACAAUUCAGGGCAGUGAACAUGGUAUGCUCAGCAAUGGAUGA